AUGUCAAAUCUAUCCGAAGAUAUAAGUAUAUCUAAACGACCAAGAAUAUUUCGUGGUAGAGGUGCUCAACAAAGAAGUGAUGUAAAAAAGAAAGCUCGAAGAAAUCAAAGUACAGGUGAUAUUAUUCAAAGUGCUAGAGAACAAACUAAUAUACAAUCAAAAGAUGAGAAUACAAAUCCUGGUAAAAAAGUUCGAAGAUGGUUACGUUUAUUAAAAAUGACUAGUAUUAGUGCUACAACUGCAAUCACAUUAGAUGGAUUGAGAACAGAGAAUAAUCAUUCUUAUAAUCAUCAAACUAAUCAGAAUCAUCAUCAUCAUAAUAAUCAUAAUCAUCAAUAUCCUGAUAAUUCUAAUUCACCUACACAAGAAAUGCAAUCUUUUCUUGGUAACUUAGGUAUUGGAGCUUAUGUUGGUGAUGAAGAGAAUGCAUUUGUAAAUUCGGAUAAUUCAGAAGAAAUAAAUGUUGACCAGUUAAAUAAAACAAAUAAACCUCUUUCUAAAUCAAUGAUAAAUUUAUCUUCGGUUAGUUUAUUACCACCUAAACGUAAGACGAGUGAUCAAAUCAAUGAACCAGAAACAUUAUUAAAUGAUGCUAGUGGACACUGUAGCCGUUUAUCAUCCUCCCGUGUUAGUUGUCUAUCGAAUACUUCAUCAUCAUCACCUCAAUCAAUAACAUCGUUUACACGUUCUCAAAAGAAACCAUCCAUUUCGGAAAUCACAAACGCAUCAACAUCUGAUAGUGGCAUGAAUCAAUUCAAUCAAACUGAAUUCUAUGAAUCAAUGCCUUUAAUACUUAAAACUGUGAUAAAUCAAACAUCAUUGUAUAAUAAUGUUCAUUCUAUGCAGCGUUAUAAUGUUAGUGAAGGUUAUGCCUCGAGUAAUUUAACACCGAAACUUUCAACAAGUACUAUUACUGGAACUAAUAGUCAUCAUCAAAGUGGUGAGAAUAUUAAUGUCAAAAGAACUAUUCAUUAUCCAGCUUGGAUGAUUAUUAGUGAUGAACAGUUACAAUUGGAUACAACUUAUUCAUUUUAUAGGAUAGCAGAUUAUUUAAAAGAGUUAUAUUUAGCUGAAUCUUGGUUAGAGAAUCUAUUAAUAUCUGAUAUUUUGCCAAGUCGUAGUCAUUCACCAGUAAGACAACCAACGGAUUAUCGAUCACGUCGAGCACGUCUUGAAAAUAAUCCAAUAAUGUCGCAUAAAAUAUUAAAGCGAACAUGCAGUGAACAACGUUAUGAUGAAACACAAUUGAUUGGUGGUUUAUGGGAUAGACGAGAAAUGGAUCUUAUUCAAAAAUUAAUUCGUCGAGCAAUCUCUAUAAUUGAAUCAAAAAUAUCAUAUACACAAACGGACGAAAAGGAAUCGUCAUAUUCAGCAACAACUGCAACAACUACAGCAACACUGAGUGCUAUAAUUUUUAAAAAUGCUUCGACUGAAAAAAAAAUACCAAUUUCUUUACGUUCAUUUAUUCCGGACUGUGAGAAAAUCACAGGGAACCAUGAAAAUACUGUUAAAUGGAAAAAGAUUUACGCUGAAGAAAUUGUAAAUAUUAUUAAACUUCCUCGUUAUCCUGUUGAACAACAUUUAAAUUUAGAAACUAUACAUCAAUCACAAAAAUCUACCAUUUUUCUUUGUUCUGAUCAUCUUGUUUUAACACAAUGGCCAUUAGAUCCACAAUCAUUUGUAUGCAAUGGAGAUUUGGCACAUAUUAUUCCAUUCUAUGAAUUAUGGUGUGAUACAUUGAAACUUGAUGAAUUAUUAUGCAUACGAUCAUCAUCACCAUUGAUGCCUGUGUCAAAAUCAUUAAAUCAUCAUCAUAGAUUUCAUUGUAAUAUAAAAAAUUCCGAAAUUGACAAUGAUCAUUCAAUCAAAUAUAAUAUCUCUUCAUCAUCUGGUAUGUCAACUGUUAGUCUAUUAGAAGGAGAUGCUGAUCUAUUGAAUAGUCCUUUCAAUGAACAUUGUAAUCAAUUAAUUAAUGAUACAGAGAUGAUGAAAACAUCAAAAUCUUCUUAUAUAUCAAAUGAUAAUCAUACAUUUAAUAAUAAUGAUAUGUUAUUAUUAAUUGGACAUCCGCCAAUGGAAAAUUGGGCAAUCCGUUUUUCAAAUAAUAAUCUUUGUGAAAAAUGGCGACAUAUGAUCAAUGAGUCUAUUCGAAAAAGUCAACAAAUAUUCUGUGAGAAAUCAAUCAAUGUAAAGGUGAUCAAUCAGAUAAUUCCAAAUCAUCAAGUAAUAUAUAAAUAUCAUAAUAUUUCUGUUGACAUGACAAUAGAUCAUUUAAAAGAUAAAUCAUUGGAAGGACUUAAUAUUAAUAUAAAUAAUACAAAAGCUGAUUUAUAUCUACGUUAUAUUGAAUCACAUGGAGAAGAACGUGAAAUACUUAUGUAUGGUCCAGAAAAUCCAUUCUUAAUAGCACUCUCUAGUGUUCAACUGAAUUCUACAGAUUCUUCAUUGAGUACUCCUAAAUCAGGAACAAGUGCUUUCAAUACUAUUAGCAAUACUACUAAUAUAGGUAAUAUCACUGGGAAUAAUAGUCCAGACAGUAAUACUAAUCAUUAUAAAGAUAUAUUGGAUCUAAUAAAGAAAGCCUCUAUAUCACCACAAUCGGAAAAUAGAACAACUGAUCAUAACCAUAACAACAGUAAUGAUUACAUUAUUUCAAGAGAUCAAAUUAAAAUUAGUUUUGUACUUCGUCCUGUAGACAAAUAUUAUUCAACUGAAGAUAAUCAACCUCAACAUCAUUAUCAAAAAGUUACAACAAAAUCUGAUAUGAAAUCUACAGAAUAUAUGAAACAAGAACGUGGACGUUCCACAGCGAAAUCAACUUCAGCAUCAACAUCAAGAAAUCGUCGAAAUGAGAGGACACAAAAUAAUAAUAUGAUGACUAAAUCCAGUAUAUUCUUAAAUCAUAAUAAUACAAAUGUUACUAAACAAAAUACUAGUACUAAUGUACCAUUACGUGGUGCGAUAAGUACUAGUUCACUUCAAAUCGGUACAACACAAGAAAUACAAUGUGGACAAAUUUUUGGACGUCUGCCUGAACAAUGUUGGCCUGAUUCUCAAUUACCAGAAUCUUUAGUGAAUCUAUUUGCUAUUAUAUAUUAUAAUGGUGUAAAUAUUGAAGGAAUAUUUCGACGUACAGCUGUUCAUAGUCAAAUUGAAUUGAUGAGAGCACGAGUAGAUGAAAAUAUUCAAAUGAUUACACCAAAUAAUUGUAAUCCAAUUUUAGCAUCGUGUGUUUUAAAAAGAUUUUUCUGUGAAAUACCUGGUCAUUUAUUAGUCGACUCUAAUUGGGAUGAGUGGGCCAGUUUAACUGAAAUUAAUUCAGCAUCGGAACGUUUACAGGUUCUUGAAAGAUUGAUUCGUAGUCUUCCCAAAGUUAAUCAGACAUUAUUGGCCUUGCUAAUUUAUUUACUUGCACAUAUUCGUGAUAAUGAAGAAAUAAACCGUAUGUCAGCUAGAAAUUUGGCAGUUGUGUGGGGUCCAAAUUUAAUUCAACGACCAAAUUCUCCAUUAGCAUUAUCUGAUUCUAUGAUAACGACACAAAUUAUAACUUACCUGUUGGAACCAACAGUAACAAAUUUCCUACUAAAUACUAGCAAUGUUAAGAUGGAACUGAAUCAACACUUUUCAAAUAUUUGGGGAAAUUUUCUACAAGAUUCUAAUAAUAAGACAAAAGUUCAAAACACCGCUACCACAUCAACAACAACAAACACUGACUCAUCAGAUGAUGAUAAAAAUUCUAAACAGUAUUCUGAUGUCCAUUUUGAACGGAAAACAGCGAAACAACAUCCUUCACGGAGAGGACAUUCUGUUUCAAAUAUACCUCCACAAAUAAGUUCUCUGGAAGUAGAAAAUUCAUUAAUUAAUGAAAGAUUAGGUAAUUCACUAUUGAAAACAAGUGAACAACAAUAUACUGAACCGAUAGUAAUGAGUAAUUCUUCAUCAAAUUUAUCAAUAAACAAUAAAUCUAAUCAUCAGUUAAACAUGGAAAAUCCAUCACAGUCAUCAUUAAUGAAACGAAGAGGUGCUGGACGUAUACAUAAGAAAAAACAUAGCUUUUUUAAUCAAUUAGCACUGCCUGAUCAAACAGGACCACCUAAUUCUACUGUUACUACUGGUAAAUUAAAUAAACAAACUAAUUAUUCAUCACCAACAGAUUCGAUUACAACAGGAUUAAAAAAUAUUAUACGAUCAAGAACUACAUCAAGUAUAGUACUACCGUUAUCAUUUUCUGUAACAGCUACAACACCAACAACUUUAACGAAUUCAUCAUUAACUUCGACAAUAUCAGUAGAGAAACAAGAACCUAUGAAAAAGACAACUCCGUCAUCAUCAUCAUCUUUGUUAUCUAGGCGUUCAAGAAAUACAUCUUGUCCACCGAGUACGAAUAAGACAACAAUUUCUAAUGAUAAAUUUAGUGUUCCUUGUCCAUUGCCAAGAAAUCACAUUAAUUCAGAAGCACCGCCUGUUCCAUUAAGAGGUCAACAAUUAACACAUCAAGAUCUCCGAUUAAAACUCGCCAAUAAUAAUAAUGACAAUAAUAGUGCUAGCAAUAAUAUGAAUUUGUCAAAGAAUAAUUCUGAUCACUCAAAACUAAUCAGUCAUAAUAAUAAUAAUAAUAAUCGAUUACAUGAAGAAGCAAGAAUGCAGACUUCCACUCCCACUACUCCCACUACUCCUACUACUACCACAUCGCCUAUAUCACGACAACAAAAACCAUUUCAUCGUAGAUUUCGGUCACAGACAUCGACCAGUGAAAUACCAUAUGUAACUUUAUUGCGUAAUGAUACAUGUAGAACGAGACAAGACAAUAAACUGAGUACUACAACUACUACUAAUAAUAAUAAUACUUAUAAAAAAAAACAUUCCAUGGACCAUUCAUUUAGUUAUACCCAAUCAUUUUAUGAAUCAUUCGAAAAUGAUCUAUCAGUAAGUAGUCAUGCUACUACUACUACUACUACUACUACUACCACUAAUAGUAGUAGUAAAACAAAUGAGUCUACUCCACCAAUUAAAAUUAUUUCAGUAUCGUCUAGUAGCAAAGAGAGUGUGCCAUUGAAAACUUACAAAAAAUCAUCAUCCAACCAUAGUGUUAAUGAUAAUACUACUGAUAAUGGUAUUAAUCAUACAAUGAGAUCUAGUAGAUCAAUUCAUUCAUCAACUGAUCACCGAUCACGUAAUAAUAAUAAUAAUAAUAAUAAUAAUAAUACUAACAACAAUACCAAUAAUAAUAUCAAUACUAAUAAUGGUAGUAUGUUACGAUCAGAAAGUGAUAUGAGUAUGAUUUCAACAGAUUCUUCAUUAUUAUCCUUUUCAUCCAAUUCAUCAUCAUCUUCAUUACGUAAACAUAACAAUAAUAAAAUAAAAGAUGAUGCAAUCGAUAUUACCACAGGAAUUCCAUGUCCAGUUGUACAUCGUCCAGAAUUUAAUACAACCGGUUAUAUCACUAAUACGAAACGUAAAUCUAGCCAAAGUACAAUACAAAAAUUUAAUUCACCACAAUCAAUAAAUGAUUAUAAACAAUUUAAUAAAUCCAAUUGUAAACAUCCAUUAUCAUCUCAACCAUUAUACUCAACAACAACACCACCACCAACAACAACAACAUCUUCAUCAUCAUCAUCAUCAUCAUUUUCAUCAUCACCAUCACCGACAUCAUUUAGUAGUUCAGAUAUUGGUUAUGUUACAUCACAUCAUGAAAAUUUAGAAAAUAUUAUUUAUAAUGAUAAUCAUUCUAAAGUAUUAAUGAAUUGUAUAAAUAAUGAAAAUCGUAAUAGUAGUAAUGCAGUUAGUCGAAUGAGUUCACAUGCAUCAACUAUAUCAAGUGGUUCAGUGACAGUAAUUUCAACAUCAACAGAAAAAUAAUUAUUAUAUUAUUUCAAAUAGUUUAUUCUUCUCCUUCUUCUUUCUAUGUAUCGUUCUUCCCUAAACCCUAUAUUUAAUCUAACCAUAUAAACAUGAUUCAUUUGGAAUUAUAUAACUGUAACAUGAUACAUACAUGGAUAGAUAGAUAUCUAUAUACUACUUAUUUGUAUGAAUGUCGAUGAAAUCAAAAAAAUUAAAUGAAUAUGAGAGAUGAUCAUUAAUCUAUGCUUAUUAUCAUCUACAUUUGAUUGAAUUAGAAAACCCCUUUUUUAAAAAAAGAGUACAAUAUGAAAUGGAAUACCUGAUCUAACAAUAUUAACCAUUCAUAUAUAUAUUCCGCAUACAUGAAUGUAAUCCACCAGUGAUGUAUAUCAUAUCAAUAAAGAGAGUAAAAGGUAAAGAAAGACAAUAUACCUCUAUACUUUUAAUAAGUAACCAUUCCUUUGCUUCUUCCUUUUACUUCAGUUCAAUUUGCAAAGAUAAACAGUAAUAAUUCAUUAAUUGAUUUUAUUAAUUACAAAUAUCCAUAUUGAUCAAUCAAUGAAUUUCGU